AUGUCCCUGUUCAAAAAACUGGACCCCAAAGCUGAUCUCGGCACACCGUCGUCGCUCAAGUCGUCGAUCCAGCGUGGUAUCCGCACGAAGCUGCUGGAGCAGUAUGCGACGACGUUGGGCGCCGACGAUGGCGCCUUGCUCGAGAAGAUCUGGCCGAAGAAGGAGUCGCUGACAUCGGCCAAGUUCAAGCGUGAGCACGUCCAACUUCUGCUCCUAAAAAAUAUGCCGCUGUUUUUCCAGCAGUACGAUGGCCCAUACCUGCCGACGCUGCAGCUGCUGCAUCAGUACCCUAUGCUGCUGCCUUCGAUCCAAGUCGAUCGCGGGGCGAUCAAGUUCCUCCUCUCUGGCGCGAAUGUCAUGUCGCCUGGCCUCACGUCCGCUGGUGGCCACCUGCCAGACCCGUCGAAAGGCGAGACGCCCCUGCCCAAAGGCACGGCGGUGGCCAUCAAAGCGCAGGGCAAGGAGUACGAAGUCGCGGUCGGUGUGCUGCAGCUCGAUACAGAGGAGAUUCGCGCAAAAGGCAAGGGCAUUGCCGUCGACAAUGUACACUACCUGGGCGACGAUCUAUGGGCGAUCUGCGCCAAGGGCGGUCUCGCAUGA